AGAUGCUGGCACAUUUAUGGACACAUCGAACCCCUUGGCCCCACCAAUGGGCGGAGCUGGUGGCGCAGUACUUUGGCCAGCGCAAGAAACCAAACAUGAAAUCGAUUCAGGUAUGAUGCCGCCACCAAUCACUACACAAAUGCCGAUGGGCGUGCGACGCCCGUCAUUGCCCACAGCCACACCCAUGCUGACAGAUCAACAGUUGGCCCAUCUAAAUGUUGCCGAAACACUCAAGACUGAGCUGAUCGACGAAACGUCGCAAAGUUCUUUGGCUGAGUCGAUACAGCCGACAGAUGCCGUUAUGGCCAAUUGUGGCGCACCCAUCAGUCCCACAGCUGCCAUGCAGUUUCACUCACACUAUGACCGCAAAACUAGCAUGGACACAAUGAUGUAUGAUUCGAACAGCAUGCCGGCCUUUCCAGUACAGCCGCCACCUUCCGUAGCAGCUGCUGUUGAGUUGGCCGUCAAGACGGAAAUCGCUAAAGUUGUGGCACAGCAACAGCAGGCAGUCGCAGUGGACAAAUUCAUCACCGAUUUGACCAAAUCCACUGCAGUGGCAGACGACCCGAAUGUGGCCGCCGUGGUUGCUGCAGCGGCUGCGGAGGAGUCGCUUUUCGGUGGCGUUGGUGGUGUUAAUAGCGCCGUUGGUCCGGUCAUUGAUCAUCCGUUCGGUGAUAUUAUGCAGCAGGCAAAUGCACAGCAACAGCCUCCUGUACUCGAACGCAGCUUAUCCAUAUCGAGCAACUCCUCCUCUCACUCCAACAGCUCGAGCGGUUCUUCGCCACACAACAGCUUGACAGCUACACUUUCGGUAUCGCCGAAUAAUUCGCUGAAUGGUCAUAAUUCUCCCAUCACCCAGGAUAUUAUAUUGAACUCGGAACCCGCCGCUGUGCUGAAUGCUAUGCCAAUGCAACAACUCUUGCCCGCUCCACUGGGUGGCAACAGCGCUGCAGCCGUUUCAGCCAACGCAGUGGUCGAAGCUGCCGUUGCCGUUCCAGGUGGAACGACCACUGGCGCAGCAGUCGCCGAUCCCAAUAGUAUCUCCACUGAAAUGAUCAUGAAUCCCGCAGUUUCACCGUCCACUAUUUUGUGUUCAGCUAAUGGUGCUGCCACUGCGGUGGUGCCGAAUAUCAUGGCGCCACACCAAGUCACCAUGGCCAAUUCGAUUUUGAAUGACAUUGCAAUGCAGCCGCAGCCAACUCAACAAGAUGCUGCCGUGGCAGCGCUUGCGCUCAGCAAUAUUAUAAUGAGUCCGCCGAAUACGGCUGCUGCGGUGGUUGAUAAUGUUGCCAAUGCGGAACAGGCAGCUGAACAACCUGUGACUGUGGCAACAUCCACUGCUGUCAGUAAUAUGAUUAUUAAAGCUGCGGCCGAUUUAAUAUCUAAUCAGGAGCAACAACAACAUCAUCAGCAGCAACAACAACAUCACCAGCAGCAACAACAACACCAACACCGACAGCAGCAACAUCGCCUUCAGCAACAGCAUCAGCAGCAGCAGCAGCAACUUCAUCAUCAACAACAACAACAGCAGCAGCAACAGUCACCGCAAGCAUUGAUGAAUGGCGCGGCAGCAGCAGCCGCAGCAGCAGCGGCGGCGGCAGCGGCAGCAGCAGCAGCAGCCUCAAAUGCCAAUACAAGUCCCUUAGUUAACUUGCUUUUAAACCACCCAGACGUGUCGCCAUCUGCAGCAGUCGCGGCAGCAGCAGCGGUCAAUGAAGUUCAGUCACAAUUCUCUUUGGGCAUUCCUCCCACAACGCCACAGGAAUCUCUCAUCGUCGCAUUGGCCACGGAAAAUUCUAUGCAAAAAUCAGUGGCAGCCGCUGCCGUGACUACAAAUGGUGCCAUCGUUACUCAACAAACAUCAGCUGCGGCGGCAGGCAUUCAUCCUGGCGCUGCGGUCGGACCUGUACCUCUUCAACCGCCUAUUCCGCAAGAAUUGACCACUAUGUCAGAUCAAGACUUGAUUAGCUACAUUAAUCCAAGCACAUUUGACCAAAGUGAGUAUACAUUUUUUGUGUUGAUUUCUUGUUUGGUAAUAAUAAUUGAUCGACAUAUCUAAAGGGAUAUGGGUUUUGUUAUAAAAUAUGUCAUAUUUUUAUAUAAAAAAAUUAAUGAGUUUUAAAUAAACAAAGGGAAAACUGUGAGUACUGAGGAUUAAAAGGGCUGCUAUUCUCAACGGCUGAGUGGGAGAUCGCCUCAUCUCGGCUGCCGGUUCAAAAACCCUAUCCCAGUGUAUUGAAUUUACAUUGAUAUACGAAAUUUUCACGAUAUAUUAUUGUUUAAGCGACUUAUGCAUUUCCCGCAUAGACAAAGAACAGCGAACACCCACACGCAUUUAUAUUGCAUUCCCGCAUAAACCAAGUGCAGCGAACACACACACGCACUUGUGUUUAAAAGUAUUUCGCUCGUUCUUAAUUGG